AUGCAGGCGUUGACAGCAAGCGUGUGCGCAGCAGCAGGCAGCGCGGCGCGGGCGGGCAGCCGGCGGCGCGCCUUUGCCGGCCGCCAACUGCGGGCCGCCGUGAGCAACGGCAGCCGCUGCCGUGCCUUCUUCAAGUUUGGCAACAGCAAGGACAAGGAAGCCAACGGCGCGCCCCAGGACGCAGAGUACUUCCAGGGCCAGAAGCGGGGCGACUAUCAGGCCAGCGACGUGCAGGACUACUUCAUGUACAUGGGCAUGCUGGCCAGCGAGGGCAACUACGAGCGCUGCGAGGCCAUGCUUGCAACCGGCACCGCGCCCGUCGACCUGCUGCUGCUCAUGGCCUGCUCGGAGAAUGACGACGGCAAGGUGGAGGAGCUGCUGGAGUCGGGCGCAGACCCCAGCAUCAAGGACCUGGAUGGGCGGACCCCCAUGGAGCUGACCACCAAGGAGGAGGUCAGGGAGCUGCUGAGCAAGUAUGUGACGGCAUGA